AAGCAUAAUUUUCUUUUAGGGCAUGGAAGGAGGCUUGGAAAAAAUUCAAACACUUGAAGAUUCACUUAUUAGACAAAAACACGAAGACGUCACUGAAGAAAAAGGCAGAGCACCUGUAUUUACUGUGCCCUUAUCCAACAUUGACAACUUACGUGAAGGAGAAAGCGCUCAUUUUGAAGGUCGGCUAAUUCCAACCGAUGAUGCAAAAUUGAAAGUAGAAUGGUUCUGGAAUGGAAAACCGUUAAGAACUGGUUCAAGAUUCCGUACAUUCUGCGACUUCGGCUUUGUUAUCUUGGAAAUAUCGCCUGUUUAUCCAGAGGACUCUGGAGAAUAUUCUUGCAGAGCAAUCAACGAAUAUGGAGAAGCAGUAACAAAUGCAUCAAUGAAAGUACAAGGCAAAAGAAGUAUCAUUUUGGAAUCACAACUACCAAAAGGAAUGGAAAAUACUAUCGAUAAAAUAGCAGAACUCGAAGGUCUUGGCUCGGCACCAGCUCCACCUUCGCCUGAAGAAGAUGAAGGAAAACCACCAGAAUUCAUCACUACACCUUCUGACCUUACCCUCUCCGAAAACUCUUUGGCACACUUUGAAUGCAGACUUACACCUGUUAACGAUUCUAGUAUGCGAGUGGAAUGGUUCCACAAUGGAAAAGCCCUUUGGGCAGGUUCAAGAAUCAAGACUAUUAACGACUUUGGAUUUGUCAUUCUUGAAAUCGCAGGUGUUUAUCAACGCGAUUCGGGAUUGUAUACCUGCAAAGCUACAAAUAAACAUGGCGAAGCUACAGUUUCUUGCAAACUAUCCGUUAGAGGAAGACAAGGAAUUAUCCUUGAACCUCAAUUACCUACUGACUUCCGAACAGGAACCGAAAGCAUUCAAAGACUCGAAGAAACGUUGCAUAAGAAGGACGAAAUACUGCCAGAAGAAGAAACGCCAAACCCACCCAGAUUUAUUGUGGAGAUUAAAGACAAUAUUGACGUUCCUGAGGGUGGCCCGAUCCAUUUCGAUUGCAAAGUUGAGCCUACAAACGACUCAACGAUGAGAAUUGAAUGGUUCCACAACGGCAAACCAUUUGCUACAGGCUCACGCGUUCACCAAAUUAACGAUUUCGGAUUUAUUUCCCUUGACAUUGACUAUUCAUAUGCACGCGAUGCUGGUGAAUAUAUUUGUAGAGCUACAAACAAAUGGGGCUCUGCAAUCACUAAAGCCACCGUGACCUGCACGUCGAAACAUAACAUUGAUACAGAUUCACAACUUCCAAGCGGCAUGAGUGCUGAAAAAUUAAAAGAACUAGAAAAGGGUCACGUUACCGAACCACCAAAAGAGGACGAACCCAUCCGCUCACCACCUAAAUUUAUUACCCACAUUACAUCAGCUACUGUUGAAGAGGCCGAAUCGGUGAGAUUUGAAUGUCGUGUGGAACCAAAAGAAGAUCCAAAAUUAAGAAUCGAAUGGUACAGAAACGGAAAAUUACUGCCCGCUGGUCAUCGUUAUAGAACAAUGUACGAUAUGGGUUUCGUAUCAUUGGACAUAUUGUACGUAUAUCCUGAAGAUUCUGGCGAGUAUGUGUGCCGAGCUGUUAAUGAUUACGGCGAAGACUUUACAAAAGCCACGGUAUCUUGUAAGAAACUGCCCAACAUCGUUCUGCAAAACCAAGUUCCUAAGGGAAUGAAGAGGUCUGAAACACUAAUGCAAAUGGAGGCCGCAAUCAAGAAGUAUACUUCAGAAAUUUACCUUACCGAAGAUGAUUUAUACGAUCCCGAUAAGAAACAACCUCCACGGUUUGUUACUCAAAUCAAAGACCAAACAGAGUUAGUGGAGAUGAACACCAGCAAGUUCGAAUGUCAACUGGCACCAGUUGGCGAUCCCAACAUGAAAGUGGAAUGGUUCCUUAACGGAAAACCAUUACCCCACAAAAAUCGCUUCACACCCAUUUACGACUUCGGUUACGUCGCCAUGAACUUCGGAUGGGUUUACCCCGAGGACAGUGGCGAAUAUGUAUGCCGUGCUACUAAUCUUUACGGAAUGGAUGAAACCAGAGCAAUCAUCCGAACAACCGGUAAACCAGGAAUCAUAUACGAUUCUCAACUGCCGAAAGGAAUGAAGAGCAUUGAAAGAAUUAGAGAAUUAGAAGCCGCAUGGCAAGUGGUUCCUGAAGAAGUCGAAGAAGAAUCUAAACCACGAUCUGCACCAGUAUUUGUGAGCAAACCAGAACCAUGCACAGUAGAGGAAGGCGGCUGGGCAAGAUUCUGCUGCCGUGUCACUGGACAUCCUCGUCCGCGUGUGAUGUGGUUGAUCAAUGGUCACACUGUGGUAAAUGGAUCACGUUAUAAACUUACCUAUGACGGAAUGUACCACAUGGAUAUCCCAAAGACCCGACAAUAUGACACGGGAAAAAUAGAGGUCAUUGCACGUAGCUCCGUGGGAGAAGCUAUAGCCGAAACGGAAUUGACAAUCGUUGCUAGACACGAUGACUACAGAAGUGUGCUGAAAAAUUCACCGAGACCUUGGUACGACAGCGAAUUGUCACAAUACCAAAAAGAACGUCAAGAAACCGAACUCGAACGCAUUUUCGAAGAACGUCACACAGCACUCCAGGAAGGAGAGUUCAAUCCUUCAACUAUUCACGUUCAACCGAAGAUUUACAAGGACGCCGAAGCAGAAUGGCAACAACAAGUGAAACAAAAGAAAGGUGAAGAUUAUUACAGUAAAAUACAAGAAUUGGAAAACGAACAAGUCACAAAAGAAGUUCGACUACGAGAAUCAACUCACCAGUAUGCAAUUCCUGGUGAAAAGAUUGUCAACAGCAGUGUUGCCAAAGGAAUGGCCCAAAGAUACGAAGAAACCUUGGAAGUACAGCCUGAAGAAGUAAGUCUCCGAGAAACAGACAAGAGCAAAGUUCAGCGCACUACUGAGUACCAAAUUGAUUCCAAAAAGGGUGCCUACCCUCCCGACCCAACCCAAUCGGCAGUACACGGAAGGGAAGUGUACGUUACAAAACAGAAACAGGUACAAAAGGAGAAAGCCGGAGAUACAGAAAUUACUAGAAACAUAACAGCUACUGAAACGACUGAUGUAGAGCACAAAGCACUGACACAGGAGCGCGUAGUUCAAGGUCAGGCAAAACCCAGCAAACCGCCCUUCUUCACAAAGAAAAUACAACCCUGCAGAGUUUUCGAAAACGAACAAGCCAGAUUCGAAGUCGAAUUUGAUGGUGAUCCAUUACCUGCCAUCAAAUGGUUCAGGGAAGAUUUCCCAAUCACUAGUUCUCCCGAUUUCAAAAUCUACACCAUGAGCACGAAAUCGAUACUUGUUUUGAGACAAGUAUACGUCGAGGACUCUGGAGUUUUCAGUGUUAUUGCCGAAAAUCGAGGAGGCACUGCCAAAUGUAGCGCCAAUUUGAUCGUACAAGAACGUAAACGGCAAGGAAGAGGCGGUAAAGUUCCACCGAGCUUUGUGACAACCAUUCAAAGUACAACCGUAUCUACUGGACAGUUAGUUAGAUUCGAUGCCCGUGUAAACGGCACAAAACCAAUCGAUGUGUACUGGUUGAAAAAUGGAAGAAAAAUCACCCCUGAUAUACGUUACAAGACAUUAGAAGAAGAUGACUUGAACACCUUGUUAAUUAUCGAAGUCGUUCCUGAAGAUUCUGGCAAAUAUGAAUGUGUCGCGGUAAAUGAUUCUGGUGAAGCACGUUGCGAAGCAGAAUGUAUCGUGCAAUCGCCGUCUACUGGAGCUAAACCGUCGAAGCCAGCAUCUCCUGGUGCUGAAAAACCUCCAGUACUUGUGGAGCCACUUAGAGAUCAAACCAUUAAAGAAGGCCAGCCGGCAGCAUUCCGAUGUAAAAUAACCGGAAAACCGGCACCUACAGCUACUUGGAGCAAAGGAAAUAAAGUAAUUAAACCAUCGAAAUACUUCCAAAUGGUGAAAGAAGCAGAUUUCUAUACUUUGAAAAUCUCCGAGGCCUUCCCAGAAGACGAAGGGACAUAUAAAUGUGUUGCUCAAAAUCCGGCAGGUUCUGUCAGUACACAAGCGAAACUGAACGUCUUAGCUCCUGAAAGUCAAGACAUUCCACCUUCCCUAACUCCCAUGAAAGAUAUCAUUGUUCCGGAAGGUAGUCCAGCCCAAUUCAAAACGACCGUUGGUGGAAAACCGAAACCUACGAUCCAAUGGUUGAGGGAUGGAUUUCUUAUUCCAGAAUCGCCAGACUUUCAGAUGAUUCAUGAGGGCAACAAUGCGAUUUUACUCAUCGCCAACACGUACGAAGAAGAUUCGGGUGUCUUCACCUGCAGAGCCGUUUCGUCUGCCGGACAAGUGGAGCAGUCGGCCAAGUUGGUGGUUAAAAGUAAGAAAUAAUGUCAUUGUCUCUUGAUUGUUGUUUUUACUCGAUAAUAAUAAUGCAAAGAUCUAUCUGCUGAAAGAAUUGCCGCUGAGCUGUUUUGUAUCUAUAUUCACACGCCAAACCUUUUACUAUGCUCACUUCAAAAUUUGUAUCUCAUUAGCUUUUAGGUAUGUUAUUUAUUUAUUAAUUUAUUUCACAACUAGAUUACGUAUUUAUACUUCAGUAGUGUGCUAUUUUUAUCAAUUAACUCUCAAACUUGGAAUUGAACUUUUCUGACCGUUAAAAUUUAUUACCUACCUAAUCAACGAAAAAAAGGCUGUAUCAAAAAUUCCAAGUGAUAGUGUUCCAUGGAGUGAAUUCGGCUUCGCACUAAUUAAACAAGUGCUGUGCCAUAUAAUUGUUAAAUAUUUAUGUAUUUAUUGUUCGCAAAUAAAAAAAAAUAAACGACUUACUAGUCAAAA